GACCUCUAGGUUACGCGGAGUUCGGGUGCGGAGCUGGUUGGCAGGAUGCCGGCCCUGAAGGCUGUGGAAGCUGAAAAACGAAGCCAGAAGCAAAAAUGCACGUCUUUAUCCUGCAUGAGCAUCUGAAUUUGCAACUAUGGGAUGUCACCUAAGGAUAAUUAAAUCCGCAUCUGGGACUCUCAACACUCAAGGCCCCUAGUUCUUGCCUGCCUGACUCAUGUUUGAGGUUGCUUCUGGUUGCACGGUUUUGAAUUAUGUUUUUACAGAAAAAGUGAGGUUUCUUUGUGUUCAACUAAAACUCAAAAAUGGCCCUGUCGCUCGUCUCCUGAAAAUUUAUUUCUGGAUAAGAGCGUUCCUUUUCUUUCAUUCACUCAUUCGUCCAAAAUGUGUAUUGACCCGUCGGGGAAUGUCCGCUUCAUAACAGCAGGCACAUCUCUGUAUUCACUGCUGAAUUUCCAGCACUUGACAGAGCACCUGGCACGUAGGCCCUCAGUAUUUGUUGAUUGACCCAGGCACUGGAGUUAAGGAAAACCCAACUAAAUCCGGUGCUGUUUCCCGGAAUCUAGUGGUGGACAUACCUAACUCACAAGGACGAGAAGAGAGAGAGCAGCAAGAAUCACACUCGGCAACCAUGUCAGCGGAACUGGAGACCUCAGAGGGGGUGGAUGAGUCGGAGAAAAAGAACUUCGGGGCCUCAGAAAAGGAAAACCAAGAAAACCACACCAGGAUGGCUGACCUCUCCGAGCUCCUGAAGGAAGGGACCAAGGAAGCACAUGACCAGGCAGAAAACACACAGUUUGUCAAGGACUUCUUGAAAGGCAACAUCCGGAAGGAGCUGUUUAAGCUGGCCACUACUGCACUUUACUUCACAUAUUCAGCCCUGGAGGAGGAGAUGGAGCGCAACAAGGACCACCCAGCCUUCGCCCCCUUGUACUUCCCCACAGAGCUGCACCGGAAGGAGGCACUGACCAAGGACAUGGAGUAUUUCUUUGGAGAGAACUGGGAGGAGCAGGUGCAGUGCUCCGAGGCUGCCCAAAAGUAUGUGGAGCGGAUCCACUACGUGGGGCAGAAUGAACCAGAGCUGCUGGUGGCCCAUGCCUACACCCGCUACAUGGGGGACCUCUCGGGGGGCCAGGUGCUGAAGAAGGUGGCCCAGCGGGCCCUGAAACUCCCCAGCACAGGAGAAGGGACCCAGUUCUAUAAGUUUGAGAAUGUGGACAAUGCACAACAGUUCAAACAGUUGUACCGGGCCAGGAUGAAUGCCUUGGACCUGAACCUGAAGACCAAAGAGAAGAUCGUGGAGGAAGCCAACAAGGCCUUUGAGUACAACAUGCAGAUUUUCGAUGAACUGGACCGGGCUGGCUCCUUGUUGGCCAAAGAGACCCCGGAGGAUGGGCUCCCUGUGCAUGAUGGGAAAGGAGAUGUGCGAAAAUGCCCUUACUACACUGCUAAACAAGUCGGAGGUGCCCUGGAGGGCAGCAGCUGCCCCUUCCGAACAGCCCUGGCUGUGUUGAGUAAGCCCAGCCUCCAGCUCAUUCUGGCCACUGGUGUGGCCCUUGUUGCCGGCCUCUUGGCCUGGUACUACAUGUGAAGGACCCAUCCUACCACGUUGGCGCUGUCCUCCCGAGUGACCACUGGCCCGUCCCCCACCCCACGUGUGACUAAACUACCACCUCAGGUGACUUUUUUUUUUUUUAAUGCUGGGUUUGAGAAAACAAGCAACCAAUAAAAGCCAGACGCUAAAGCCUCUGCCUGUAGCAUCCUCUGUAUGGGCUCGAUGCCGAGCUGGGUGCAGGCCCUCCGUUCCUGCAGCCAUCGGGCUGUGGCGCCGGGAGCAGCUGGUGCAGCUCAGCAGGUCAGCCUGAGUCUCUGGAACCAGCUCUGCUCCUAGGGCGUCCACACUGCUCACCCCGGGGCUCCUUCCCUUCGUUAUUCCUUGUGCUGGCAUUUAGGUGGGUAUUUUUCCCCUGGGGGGAACAGGGUAAUUGGCAAGCCCAGGCUGCCGUGGCUCUGUGGGAGGGAGGGGGCCUGUCCUGGGGGGCGCUUGCACCCUGCCUCAGAGGCCCUGGGCACUCCGUCCUCAUCCUGCUUAAGCAGAAACCCGAGAGGGCGUCUGUUUAGCUGUCGCCUGUCUCCUCUGACCUGUGUAAACACUACAGCACUCAAUAAAGUGGACUCUGACUGC